CAAGACGAACCUCGUACUCCUCAACAACCGUCGCUCACCGCGAAAAUGUGAUAGAAGUUCAAAGGAUCCGCCUCGACUCGCGGCGCCUUUAAAUUUUCUCGCCCUGCCCCUUUCCACGAUCUAUUUUCAGCCAACCGCGCCGGCAUCCGUUACUAGCGGAUCCUUAAAACACGCCGCCGAUGUAACACCCCUAGAAAUUCACGGAAAUAACGGCAGCGCACUCCUUCAAAUAGAUGUAUAAAGCAUUCUUUCCGCCCUGCUGCCUGUUCGAUUAAUAUCUCACGCUCCACACGUUCGUUUUUCUACAUAACCACUUCUCCGUCUUUCUUUCCCCAAACCACAAAUCCAGCAGAAUUUCUGCCGUCACUCGUUCACCCCCAAAACCUCCAACCUACCUACCAUCACGCUCCUUCAAACCUUGCCAAACCACCCACUCGCUCCAACCAACCCCACACCCACCCAAAAUGCUCCCCAAAUCCCUCCUCCCCGCCCUCGCGGCCCUCCUCACCACCGCCCUCGCCAAAACCGACCUCAGCGGCUGCACAACCUCCAACACCGUCUCCUUCGGCGGCGCCUACGUGCUGUGGUACGUGCCCGGCACGGGCGAGCUGUGCGCGCCCCUCGACUGCGGCGGCGGCAUGGCGCCGCCCAAAACCACCGUCCCCGGCUGCGCCGCCUACGUCGGCACCGCCAGCUACGUCCCCAGCUACCUGCCAGGCUACGGCCCUGGCAGCGCGCCGGCGACUGUGAGCGCGUCGUCGGCGUGGGCCACGAGCGCGGUGGAGGCGAGUGCGACGGGGUUGGCGGCGUAUACGGUUACGCCGUCGUCGGGAGCUGUAGCCGCGACGACGGAGACAGGAGCGAGCACGUUUGCUGUGAUUACAUCGGCGGCGAGUCUGUCAAUUACGCCAACGGUGUCGGUUGGGGGAAAUAACCUCACGGCGACGGCGACGGGGCCGUCGACGACGAGCCAGUUUACGGGGGCGGCGUCGGCGGUGGCGGUGAGGGAGAUGCUUGGGCUUGCUGCUGGAGUGGUGGCUGGUCUGGCGAUGUUGUAAGCUUAGGGAUAGAAGCGUUGUCUGGGGUGGCUAGUCUGGGGGAAAAGUACUGUACAAGAAGCAUAUUGCAGCAUGGGUCGGAGUUUGUAGACUUUUGUUUACUGUAAAAGUAAUUGUAAACUGGUUGAUUGAAGGAGAGAUAUGGAGAUAGACCUAGGAAUGCUCGUACCUAUGAAACACUCCAUCCCGCCUCACUCGUCUGCCCGUGUUGAGAGCUCUUCUCAAG